AUUGCCAUUUUCUUCUUUUUAAGCUGCAUCACCUCCACCUGCUUCUGUUCAGCGAUCUGGCUUCUUUCAUUCCUUGAAGUUUGUUCCAGCUGUCUGCUAACUUUGUUAGUUGGUUAUACCGUCACUGGUAAGUGUGUAUUCAGACUAUGGCUGAAUACAAGCUCAAGGUGACGACAGGUGCCAUGAAGCAUGCAGGCACAAUGGAUCACAUCUACGUCAUCUUGUUGGGGACAGAAGGGCAGAGUCCGCGCACCGAGUUGAACAAUUUGGGGAUUGACUUUAUAGCUGGAAAGACUCGUGCUUACAAAGUCAAAACUAGUUCAUCUCUGGGGAAACUUCUGCUUGUCAAGGUUGAGAAGGAUCCCUUUCUACUCUUCCCAGAAGAUGAGUGGUACUGCUCCAAAAUAGAAGUGACGACUCCAGAGGAUGAAGAAAUUGUUUUCCCUUGUUAUAGAUGGAUUUCCAGGGGGGAAUUUGUGGAGCUCAGAGGAGGAAAAGGAGUAACAUUUAUGGAAGAGCAACAUCCUCUGCUGCUUAACCACAGAAAAAAAGAACUGGAGUAUAAAAAGAGCUCUUACCAAUGGGCAUUCAUUGAUGAUGGGUUGCUGCACGUCAGUCACUUCAAAGAUGUAUUUGAGCUUCUUGCAGAAGUUCGUUUCUCCAUGUCCGAAUUGGAACACACACACAAAAUAAUAACUCUUGGACUGGAAAUGGAGGGACUGACUGAACCUGGUAAAUGGAAACGAAUUGAAGACAUAAAAAAUAUCUUCCAGUACAAAAAGACAAACAUGUCAGAGUAUGUUUCAGAGCACUGGAAGGAAGAUGACUUUUUUGGAUUCCAGUUUUUAAAUGGAACAAACCCCAAUGUGAUAAAAUGCUGCUCCAAACUUCCCCCAAACUUUCCAGUGACUGAUGAGAUGGUGAGGCCUUUUCUGGAAACUGGAACCACUCUGGAAAAGGAAAUGGAGGAAGGCAAUAUAUUUCUAUGUGACCAGAAGAUAAUGGAUGGAAUACCAACCAGACAGAAAGAUGGAAAUCCUCUGUAUGUUGCUGCUGGUUUGUGCUUGUUUUACAAGAACCCUGAAGGAAAACUGCUGCCUAUUGCUAUACAGCUGUACCAACAACCCUCUGAGCAAAACCCCAUCUUUCUGCCAAGUGACCUUGAAACAGAUUGGCUUCUGGCCAAACUGUUUUUUAGGAGUUCAGACCUGAUUCAACACCAGACGCUCUAUCAUCUCAUGCACACUCACUACCUAGCAGAAGUCUUCACUGUUGCUACAUUCCGCUGUCUCCCAACCAUUCAUCCCCUUUAUAAGCUGCUGAUCCCACACUUUCGUUACACUCUACACGUAAACAUCUUGGUCCGCAAACUGCUACUUUCACCUGGAGGAGCGUUGAGUGAGAGCUCACUUGGAGUGGAGGGGCUGACGGAGCUUAUGAGACGAGAUCUGUCUCAAAUGACCUACAGCUCCCUCUGUCUGCCUGAAAACAUCACUGAAAGAGGACUGGAGUUGAUCCCAAACUUUUACUACAGAGAUGAUGCGUUGAAGCUGUGGAACUACCUCAAUGGUUUUGCCAAGGCUAUGGUGGAGUACUACUAUUCUUCUGAUAGUGAUGUGAUUAAAGACAUUGAGCUGCAGGAAUGGAUCAAUGAGAUAUUCACACAUGGCUUCUUGGAGAAUAAACAUUCAGGUUUUCCAUCAUGCUUCAAUACCAUUGAGGAAGUGGCAAAGUUCAUCACCAUGGUGAUCUUCAGAGUGUCGGCACAGCAUGCUGCUGUUAACAAUGGACAGUAUGACUACAACUCCUGGGUACCCAAUGGCUCCCUCCUGCUGUGCAAACCUCCUCCAGCCACAAAGGGGCAGUCCAGCAUGCAGACUGUUCUGGAGACUCUCCCAGAUGUUGAAGACUCGGUGAAGAUUAUGUCAGCUGCUAGGAUUCUUUCAGAAAAGUACACUGAUGUGGUUCUCCUGGGUGAAUUUCCAGAGGAGCACUUUGACGAGCCUCGCCCGAAGGAGAUUAUCAAGGCCUUGCAAGUUGACUUGUACUACAUGAGGGAAGAAAUUGCAGCAAGAAAUUCUCAACUGGAAAUACCCUACACAUAUCUGAACCCUGAUGUAGUAGAAAACAGUGUGACCAUUUAGAGAUUGUUCAUUAUGUUUAAAAAAAAUAAAGGCAUGUGUGAAAA